UUGUCUUUUCUUCCCUAAAUUAAGGUUCACGAAUGCGACAGCCUGCUUCAGUCUAAGCAUGCGUGUUUACUUUCUAAUUGAUCCUUAUAAUGAGCCUCAACUGUAAAUUAAGCUCUCUGAACACAAAGCUAUGCAGAUUUUUUCUCUUGUGAUUGUGAUUACCAACUUUCUUUUUUUCUGCUCUGGAUUCUCCAAUUUUGUUGACACCAUUACUGGAUCCCAGUCCAUCAGCGAUGGCACGACCUUGGUUUCCAGGGAUGGAAAAAGCUUUGAACUGGGGUUCUUCAGUACUCCAGGUAGUUCCACCAACCGUUAUUUGGGGAUUUGGUACAAGAAUAUCCCGGUUAAAACGGUUGUUUGGGUAGCAAAUCGGCGAAACCCAAUCAAGGAUUUGUCCGGCGUGUUGAUGGUAAACGGCUCAGGUAAUCUUGUGCUUCUCCACCGGAACGGGAGAGUUGUGUGGUGGGCGAGUUCGACGAAAGAGGCCCGGAAUCCAAUAGUACAGCUUUUAGACUCGGGAAAUCUAGUACUGAGAGAUGAGAAAGAAGAAAAUCCAGAAAACUGUCUGUGGCAGAGCUUUGACUAUCCUUCUGAUACACUUUUACCGGGGAUGAAGCUCGGAUGGGACUUUAGGACUGGUCUGGAACGGCGCCUGUCCGCAUGGAAGAGUUCAGACGAUCCAUCUCCUGGAGACCUUUCUUUUGGUAUUGAACCUUAUAAUUACUCCGAGUGUGUCAUGAAGAAAGGCUCUAAGAACUACUUCCGGACCGGCCCAUGGAAUGGCCUUCACUGGAGUGGUUCACCGGAGUUAAAGGGCACGCAGAUUUUCAACAGCAGUUUUGUCUCCAAUAAGGACGAGGUGUACUUCAUAUACCACCCAAUAAAUAAGUCUCUGAUCUCAAGAGGAGUUUUGAACCAAACUGCCAACUUGUAUCAGCCCUACAUAUGGAUGGAAAACGAUCAAACUUGGAGCGUGUUUGCACCUCUGCCAAGAGAGAUCGACUGUGACAUGUAUAACUAUUGUGGCGCUUAUGGAAAUUGUGUCAGGGGUGAAUUUCCUGUCUGUCAAUGUUUACAAGGAUUCAAGCCCAAGUCUAAUGACAGCUCGAACCCAGAGAGCUGGUCUCAAGGAUGUCUACGCAGUACGAAAUUGAGCUGCCAGGAUAAACAUAGAGAUGGGUUCCUAAAAGUUGGUGGGCUCAAAUUGCCAGAUACCAUGCAUUCUUGGUUGAAUACAAGUCUAAAUCUCGAGCAAUGUAGAGCAACAUGCUUGAGCAACUGUGCCUGUAUGGCCUUUACAAACUCAGACAUCAGAGGAAGAGGUAGCGGCUGCGCCAUCUGGUUUGGUGAUUUACUUGAUAUUCGAAAGCUUACAUAUAAUGAGCAGGAUCUGUAUAUUCGAAUGCCUGCUUCAGAGUUAGAAGUGAUAAACCACCAAAAGACGAAGGUGAUAGUGAUAGCUGUAGCUGCCAUUGCCGUUGUCAUUGGGGUGCUAUUUGUUGCCUAUUGCAUACGCAAACGCAGGACAAACUUCAGAGCACAUUUUGUUAUAUCAGAGAAAAUGGAGAACGAUGUAAUCCUAGGUCAGAACACUGAAGGCCAAACAGAAGACCUGGAACUCCCCUUGUUCGACCUACUUACAGUAACUGAUGCCACCAACAACUUUUCAGGCCACAACAAGCUUGGUGAAGGUGGUUUUGGACCCGUAUUCCGGGGUAUACUGAAAGAUGGACGAGAAAUUGCUGUAAAAAGGCUUGCACGUAGCUCUGGACAAGGAUUGAAUGAGUUUAAAAAUGAAGUUAUAUUGAUUGCCAAAUUGCAACAUCGAAAUCUUGUUAGGCUUCUCGGAUGCUGCAUUCAAGGAGAGGAGAAAAUGCUAAUCUAUGAAUACAUGCCCAAUAGAAGCAUGGACUUCUUCAUUUUUGAUCAAAAGAGAGCUGAAGUUUUAGGCUGGUCUAUGCGCUUCCACAUUAUUUGUGGAAUUGCUCGGGGGCUUCUUUAUCUUCAUGAAGAUUCCAGACUAAGGAUUAUACACAGAGAUCUCAAAGCAAGUAAUGUCUUACUUGAUAGUAAUAUGAAUCCAAAAAUUUCAGACUUCGGCAUGGCUAGAAUAUGUGGAGAAGAUCAGACUGAAGGAAAUACAAACAGAGUAGUUGGAACUUAUGGAUAUAUGGCUCCCGAAUAUGCAAUUCAUGGGUUAUUCUCAGUAAAAUCUGAUGUCUUUAGUUUUGGAGUAUUGUUGCUAGAGAUAUUAAGUGGAAAGAAGAGUCGAGGAUUCUUCGAUUCAAGCCAAAGUCUGAAUCUUAUCGGACACGCAUGGAAACUAUGGAGAGAAGGCAGGCCUUUAGAGCUGAUCGAUACGUGCCUAGGAGACGACUCAUGCCCUCAGCUUCCACAGAUUAUACGCUGUGUCCAUAUCAGUCUCUUAUGCGUGCAACAGCAUCCUGAGGAUAGGCCCAGCAUGUCUUCUGUGGUUACGAUGCUAAGCAGUGAGAGUUCAUUACCUGAACCUAAAGAGCCUGGUUUCCAUGUUGGAAAUAAAUCACUUUCUGUGGAAUAUUCUUCAUCCAGCAAGCAGCAAUCAUCUUCAACAAACGAUAUAUCUGUUUCGCUGUUAGAGGCUCGAUGAUGGAUCAUUUUAUUAUAUGCAUUAUUUAUACUUGACAUAUCCUGGGAGUACUGUCCAACAUUAACUAUCAUUUCUGUUUCUACACACACCAA